CCAGGAUGUAUUUAUGUCGGAGUGCGAGACAUGAGAGGCAGUGAGGCCGCGGCUCUGCUCGGGACUCGAACCCGCGACCCCAGACUCGAGCCCGGGACCCGGACCCGCCACGAACCCGCCAGCCUCGGCCCGGGACGGGAUGACGGCACGUGCAGCCGCGCGCUCCUGAGUCCGCUUUGAUCCGGGCGGCUGCUGCGCGCGCAGCCUCAGGUGAUGAUGGAGUCGGCGGUGUCGCUGGGGAAACUGGAGCUACUGGACCCGGGACCGGGGCCAGGGGGACCGGGGCCCCCGGGACCGGGACCAGGGCCCCCAGGGGGGGCCAAGCCGCACCUGGAACCCCCUCACCUGGUCCCAGGUGAGCCGCCUCCUCACCUGGACCCCGGUCCUCACCUGGGCGGCUGCGUCCCGCUGUCCCACCAGGUGGCGGGACACAAGUUCGGAGUGGACAAAGUGGGAAUCCUGCAGCAUCCUGACGGGACGGUCCUGAAACAGGUCCAGCCUCCGCCCCGAGGACAGAGAGAGAUGGACUUUUACAGCAUGGUCUACGCUGACGACUGCUGUGAUCCGUGUCUGCUGGACCUGCAGAACCAUCUCCCCCGAUUCUACGGAACCUGGUCAUCCCCGGACUCUCCCAACGAGCUGUACCUGAAGCUGCAGGACGUCUCCCACCGGUUCUCUCGUCCCUGCAUCAUGGACGUGAAGCUCGGCCAGCAGAGCUACGACCCGUACGCGUCUCAGGAGAAGCGGGAGCAGCAGAUCCGGAAGUAUCCGCUCAUGGAGGAGAUCGGAUUCCUCAUCCUCGGCAUGAGGGUGUACGACGUUCGCGGCGGCACCUUCGACUCGUACGACCAACACUACGGAAGAGGACUGGUGAAGGAGACGGUUAAAGACGGUCUGGCCCGGUUCUUCCACAACGGGGUGCGUCUGCGUGAGGACGCCGUGCUAGCUAGCAUCCACAAGGUGCAGCGGAUCCUGCGCUGGUUCGAUUCCCAGCAGCAGCUAGCCUUCUACGCUAGCUCGCUGCUGUUUGUCUACGAGGGCCUGCCGUCCUCCGGUACCGGUCCUGGACCCGGGACCGCCGUGACCCCGGCGGGCGACCAGAACCCGGUCCAGGACCGGGAGGAAGUGGCCGAGUUCAACAACAACAUCGAGACGCUGACGGCGGCGCCGCCGUCGUGGGACUGCAGCCGCGCCGCCGCCGUCGUCUACGCCAACAACAGGAAGUGCGGCGACCAACACUGCAGGGAGGGAAACCGGCCGGCGCACGAGAACCGGAACCUUCCGCCGCCGCCGGCGGAGGCUACGGACGCCGCCGCGGCGGAGAGGCUAGCGGGGCGGGAACGGAGGGACGAGCCGGGAGCCGCCGACGUGGAGGUGAAGAUGAUCGACUUCGCCCACGUGUUCCCCAGCGACCGGCGCGACGGCGGCUACGUGUUCGGCCUUAAGCACCUGCUGACGGUGCUGGAGCAGAUCCUGUGCGACGCGGCACAGGUUCCAGCGCCGACCGAACCGCCCAGUGAGCCGCUAACCCGCUAGUUCCUCCUAGCGGGGAACUCUGAACCCCGACGGAGAACUAAAACUCUUUUGUUUCCGUCGGUGAGCCGAGUCCCUGAACGCAGCAUCUCCACGACGUCCCCGACGCCACUGGAAGCUUCUCUUUGACCCGGCGGAGUCGCCGUGGCAACCGACGGAGUCGCCGUGGCAACCGACUCCCAGGGUUCCCGGCGGAGCGACGCCCAGAACUGGAAGUUUCUUCAUCUCUUUCCCUCCAUCGUUAGCCGCCGUUAGCCCUGGUGUCGCCGGUUCCAGGAUCUUCUCUCCGGUUCCCAGGAACUGUUUUAAAGUGCAUUUCCACUCGGUUUUUACCAGAACUUUCCACUAAAUGUUGAGCGGGAAAAUUUAAAAUUUAAAAAUUUUAAAUUUUAAAUUUUAAAUUUUAAAAUUUUAAAUGUUUAAAUUUGAAAUUUUUAAAUUUUCAGUAUCUGAAAAUAUUCAGAUACUGAAAUCUGUUCUGAAUUUAGGGGAAUUAACUAGGAAAAAAAAGGAAAUUUGUGGCUUGUAAUCUUUUACAGAAAGUCGUGGAUUAAUUAUGAUUGAGAUUAUUAUUUUUAAUCAAUGGUUCCAAUAACAUUCAGUUGAUUCUGGACAAAUGGAAAGUAGAAAUUUAACUCAAAUAAUUUUAACCAAAAUUGCUUAAAUAAGAUUUUCAUUAAAAAAAAUAAAUGAAUAAAUUAAAAAAAAAAAAAAUCAUAAAAAAUUCCAAUGUGGAAAUCUGUUCAGAAUUUCAGGGAAUUAUCUACAAAAAAAAGGAAAUUUUUAGUUCGUAAUCAUUUACAGAAAGUCGAGAUUAAAAAAUAAAUCAAUGGUUCCAGUAACAUUCGGCUGAUUCUGGACAAAUUUAACCCCAAAUAAUUUUACCCAAAAUUAGAUUUUAAUUUUUAAGACACAUUUAUGAAUUGUGAAAGAUUACAAGACCAGAAUUUCCUGUUUAUUCCCGUUAACUUUAAUGAAAAGUUGUGGAGUUUGAAAAAGAGCGGGACUUUAAACCCGACGGCCCCGCCCCCUCCCGUGGCCCCGCCCCCUCCCGUGGCCCCGCCCCCUCCCAACUCUUAACUGGAUCUGAUUGGCCGGUGUUUCCGGCCGCGGGACCAGGACCGGGUCUAGUCCGGGUUCUGGUUCCAGCAGGUUUAAACUCAGGUAUUUACUGGACUCUCUCUCUCAACGACGAUCCUGAUGCUGUACAGAAGUUUUAUAACAAUUACUGAUGAAUUAUCUCUGAUUAUCUCAAAGUUUUUAUUUACUAAGACUCUGGUUUACUGUUUCCUUCUUGUUUUCAAGCCGUUUUUUAUUUAGUUUUAUUGUUGCCGACCCGACGGUUCCAGGAAACGGGAUCAUCUCUGACGUCGCGCUGGCGCCGCGAUCGCGUUAGCGCCGCCAUGUCACGAUCUCGUUAGCGCCGCGACCACAACCUCGUUAGCGCCGCCAUCUCACCAUCUCGUUAGCGCCGCGACCUCGUUAGCGCCGCAACCUCGUUAGCGCCGCGACCGCAGCCUUGUUAGCGCCGCCAUCUCACAACCUCGUUAGCGUCGCAGCAUCGUUAGCGCCGCAACCUCGGUCCGACCUCGGCGCCGCCAUCUCGCUACUACCGCUCAAGAUCUUGUUAGCGCCGCCAUCUCACGAUCUCGCUAGCACCGCAGCAUCAUUAGCGCUGCCAUCUCACGAUCUCGCUAGUGCCGCAGCCUUGUUAGCGCCGCAGCAUCGUUAGCGCCGCCAUCUCACAAUCUCACUAGCGCCGCAGCAUCAUUAGCGCAGCGACCUCGGCGCCGCGAUCUCAAGAUCUCGUUAGCCCCGCCAUCUCACGAUCUCGCUAGCGCCGCAGCAUCGUUAGCGCUGCCAUCUCAAGCUCUCGUUAGCGCCGCUAGCGCCUCCGUCAGACCCCAGUGCCAUUUUUUUGUAGAAUCAGCGAGUGAAUUUGAUGAUUUUUUUUUUGUGAUUUUUAACUCGUAACCAACGGUUUAAUUCGGAGUCGGAGUCGGGGGCGUAGCCUUCCCCUCCGACACGUUUAGGACAUUAUUAUUAUUAUUAUUAUUAUUAUUUAGUUUUCUACAGAAGUUCCUCGUCGCGCCUGCGACGCGCUAACGUGAAAUUAGUUGAUAAACUGUUUAACAUUUUACUAAAAGGAUUUAUGCUGCUUUUCUAAUCGUUGGUUGAAGGAAAGAGACGGAAAGAAACUAAAUCUUGUGUGUGUGCGUGUGUGUGCGUGUGUGUGUGCGUGUGUGUGUGCGCGCGUGUGUGCGCGUGUGCGUGUGUCGUCUUCAGGAGCUAAACUACUAAAUUACUACGAGGGUUGUAGCUCUAGCUAGCUAGUGUGACCCGCCUAGCGGAGGCCGGCGGGAAUGACGAUGGCGUCGGAUACGUUAGAUAAUUAUCGCUAACUCUCCUCCUCUGAUCCGCCUAGCCUCCACUACGAUAGUUUAGCCUAGCUAGUUAGCCUCCGCUACGCUACGACGGGUUGGUGUCGUUGUUCGGCCCGGGACGUUUUCCAGCGCCGACCUGGAACGCUAACUCCGUUUCUGCGGUUUGUUGUUUCAGUAGCGCGGUGGCUCCACCUAGAGGCCUGGAGGAGGAAUUAGUGGAGCUGCAGUUCCCUAUGUUCGUUCGUUCCAGCGUUCGAUCGUUCGUUCGUUCGAUCGAUCAAUCCUUCGAUUGAUCGUUCGAUUGAUCGUUCGUUCGAUUGAUCGUUCGUUCGAUCGAUCGUUCGACCGUUUGAUCGAUCGGCCGUUUGAUCGAUCGGCCGUUUGAUCGAUCGACCGUUUGAUCGAUCGUUCGAUCCUUCGAUUGAUCGUUCGUUUGAUCGAUCGUUCCUUCGAUUGAUCGUUUGUUCGUCCGAUCGAUCCUUCGUUCGAUCCUUCGAUUGAUCGUCCGAUCGUUCGUUCGUCCGAUCAAUCCUUCGAUUGAUCGUUCGAUUGAUCGUUCGUUCGAUCGAUCGUUCGACCGUUUGAUCGAUCGGCUGUUUGAUCGAUCGGCCGUUUGAUCGAUCGGCCGUUUGAUCGAUCGGCCGUUCGUUCGAUCCUUCGAUUGAUCGUUCGUUUGAUCGAUCGUUCCUUCGAUUGAUCGUUUGUUCAUCCGAUCGAUCCUUCGUUCGAUUGAUCCUUCGAUUGAUCGUUCGAUCGAUCCUUCGAUUGAUCGUUCGAUCGAUCCUUCGAUUGAUCGUUCGAUCGAUCCUUCGAUUGAUCGUUCGACCGUUUGAUCGAUCGGCCGUUUGAUCCUUCGAUUGAUCGUCCGAUCGUUCGACCGUUUGAUCGAUCGGCCGUUUGAUCGAUCGACCGUUCGAUCCUUAGAUUGAUCGUUCGUUUGAUCAAUCGUUCCUUCGAUUGAUCGUUUGUUCGUCCGAUCGAUCCUUCGUUCGAUUGAUCGUUCGAUCCUUCGAUUGAUCGUUCGUUUGUUCGAUCGAUCUUUUGAUCGAUAGUUCGUUCGUUCGAUCCUUCGAUUGAUCGUUCAAUCGUUCGUUUGAUCGAUCGUCCGAUGGUUCGAUCGUUCCAGCGUUUGUUCGUUCCAGUGCAGGACCAGAACCGGGUCCGUUCUGGUUCCUACGUCGUGAACUUUAACCCCCGCGGCUCCGUGAUAAUCUGACUAAUGUGAUUUGAGGAUGUAACUGUAAACAGAUUUUAAUCUCUGAUUAUUUUAACCUGGAUGAGGUUUUUAGCCUCCGUUUGUGCCGACCUGGAGUUCCAGAGUUCUGUUUGGACCUGAAGAACUCUACAGAACUCUGCAGAGUUCUGCAGAGUUCUGCAGAGUUCUGCAGAGUUCUGCAGAGUUCUGCAGAGUUCUGCAGAGUUCUGCAGAGUUCUGCAGAGUUCUGCAGAGUUCUGCAGAGUUCUGCAGAGUUCUGCAGAGUUCUGCAGAGUUCUGCAGAGUUCUGCAGCUCCAACCAUAACCUGGAUGGAACAGUAACCUGAUCUUUUGUAACAUGAUGACGUGUAUAUCGGUUUAAUCUUACAGGACAGAGUAAAAUAUUAUAGACUAUAAAAUGUUCCUUUUAUUGUUUUGUUUUCCAAUAAAAUCCAUCUUUGGUUUGAAUUUCA